AUGGCUGCUGCCACCACAUCCGCCUCGUUUGCCACCUUCAGCGGUCUUCGUGCCGAAAAUGUGUCCGCGCCCCUUGCUGCAGUGACGCUCCCCGCAGCCGCGUCGCCCGCGCGGCUGGCGGUGGUGGCCACGAAGAAAGUGGUGAAGCGGAAGCAGAUCAUAUUGACGAAGAACGUGCCGAACGUGGGCAAGGCGGGCGAGCUGCUGUCGGUGCGGCUGGGCUUCUUCCGCAACUUCCUCUUCCCGCAGGGCUUCGCCAAGACCGCCACGCCGCAGAUCCUCAAGGAGAUCGAGGAGGAGCAGGCGCGGAUCGAAGCUGAGAAGCAAAAGGUGCUGGAGGAGGCGCGCAAGGUGGCGCGGCAGCUGCAGACGGUGGGCGGGCUGACGGUGAGGCGCAAGGCGGGCGCCGGCAAGUCCUUCUUCGGCUCUGUGAGUGUGAACGACAUUGUGGACAUCAUCAAGGCCAACAUCAACAGGGAGAUCCCCAAGGCGGACAUAGAGCUGCCGGAGAUCAAGGAGGUGGGGCAGUACACGGCUUCCAUCCGCCUGCACCCAGAGGUCACUGCCGACGUGCGCAUCAACGUCGUCGGCAACACGUGCUUGGAACAUGGAGCUGAAGGCGCGAAAACGGCUUAUGGCAAGGGAGGCAGUGGAGGGCGUGACAUGCAGAAGGGGAGCAUCCGGACGCACCAGCGCUCCACCGCACACCAGGACGCACACGCCGAGAUGAAGUCGAAGGAGAGCCGGAAGCUUCGUCAAACGCUGCUGAGCGAGUUCGAGGGGUUGGAUCGCAGCACUCUUCACAUCAUCACUGCUCUCAAGACUACCGUGUACAUCUGCAAGUCGGAGGCGCCAAUCACCUCCUACGUGGGCACCAUCAAGUUCAUGGCCGAGCUCGGAGUCCCGAACCUUCCCUUGGAUUCCAAGGGAAACUACUUUUCGGAGGAGGCGUUGGCCGCGAAGGAUGCCGCUGAGAAGGUGACGGAGUUCAACAUUAUAGACCAGGCGGUGCGCAACGUGGCGGAGCAGCUUUCUAGGUCGAGCAACUGGCACCGGCGAUUCGAGCACCUUCAGGAGUACAUCUGCGAAACCAACCUGGAGCUGCAGGGGAUCCACGACGUGCGAUGGCUCUCUAGAGGAGAGGCAGUCAAGCGGUUUGCCAAGGUUCUGCCGGCGACAAUCGUCCUGCUGUACGAUUUCAAGCACGCGCUAUACGAAACGGUCACCUCUUUCAAAUUCCACUUCAUGCUUUUCUUCCUUGCAGACAUUCUUGCCGUGCUCAACGAGCUCAACGCCAAGUUCCAGAAGCAGCAGGUGACAUGUGGAGUGUUUUGCAACUAUUCAUCCCACGCCCACUCACAGGUUGACAUCACUGUGCUCGCGGGGGAGGUGUCACUCGCUUGCCGGACGAUCGAGGUGCGUUACGUGGACUGCGAGGAUCGUUUCGGCAACGAUCAGUCGCCCCUGCUCUGUGCGUUCCUGAAGAAACACGGCAACCCCCAGCACCGCGAAGUCACCGUCCAAGGCGUGGACCAGAACGGCGAAGCUGCAGAGCACGAGUUCGUGCUUCACGAGCGCAAGAUCCCAGGCCAUAAGACUGGCGGGGACUACUAUUCCUGCAAGGUGGUGUGCCAGGAGUUUGCGAGGGUCUGCGUUGCGCGACUGGAGUUCCGCCUUGAAGACCUCAAGAACCUGGCCGGCUCCAAGCUUUUCCGGCCAUCGUGCUAUCCCGAUGACAACGCGCAGCGGAUGAAGAAGUGCCGCGAGUGGUUGGGCAUGCUAGACCACAUGUUUCACCACCGCCUCUGUGACCAGGCCAGACCAUCCCAUAUGUAG